AUGGGUUCUUGUAGUUCUAAUGUUCGUAAGAAGGUUCAAAAGAAUUCAGAGGUCAGGUAAUUCAGUUAACAAGAUAUUCGUCAUUUUUAUAAAUUGGGAUAAGUGAUAGGUCGUGGCAAUUUUGGAACAGUUUAACUUGGUUACAAGGUAGAAUAGGAGCGGAAAGGAUUCAAAGCAAAGUGCUUUGCCAUAAAAUGCAUAGAUAAGGAGAGAAUAGGCUUAGAGUAGAUCUAAAGAGAGCUGGAGAUAUUAUCAAGACUUGAUCACCCAAACAUAAUUAGAGUUUAUGAGGAAUACGAAGAUUUAAAUCACUUCUACUUUGUGAUGGAGUACUGCAAAGGUGGAGAACUCUUGUAAUAUAUCUUAAAGCAUGGAGCCUAAAGUGAAAGAAUGACGUAAGUAAUCAUGAGAUAAUUAUUUUCUGCUGUGGGAUAUCUCCACGAGAGAGGUAUUAUACAUAGAGAUUUAAAACCUGAGAAUUUGAUGAUGGCAAAUGCGGAAGGGGAGUUUGACAUAAGAAUUAUUGACUUUGGGUUGAGUAAGCGCGAACAAGUUAUAAAAAAGCCAUCGCAAUAGAGAUCCAAGUGUAGACAUUAAACCAAAGUUGGGACUCCUAUUUACGUGGCUCCAGAGGUGUUAAAGGGAGUGUACUCAGAGACAUGUGAUGAAUGGUCUUUAGGUUGCAUUAUGUAUGCACUUUUAUUCGCUGAACCUCCAUUUAGUGGAUAGAAUAUUCAUUAAUUGGAAUAAUAAAUAAAUAAACCUCAUCUAAAGUUCAAAUUAGGUAUCUCAUCGGAGUGCUAGGACCUAAUUACUAAACUAUUGGAACCAAAUCCAAACAAGAGGAUAACAUGUUUGUAAGCUCUCAAGCAUCCAUGGAUGAUACGGGAUUAGAAUUAGUGCAGACUUUUGACUACAAUGUAAAGUGAAGAAAACAGUUUAGAGAUAGAGAGAAUUAUUGAAUUGCUGAGACAAUAUAGUGAGAGUACUUAAUUUAAGAAGGAGGCAUUGAGAAUUCUAUUAUCACAAUUAACCGAUUAGUAAUAGAACUAUUUAAAACUGAAAUUUGAGGAAUUGGAUAGGGAUAACAGUGGAACUAUAAAUGAAGCAGAAUUUCUGGAGUAUCUUGAGUAACAAGGGAAGAGUAAAUUAUUUAAGUAAUUGCCAAUGGAGAAGUUUAGUAAAAAUGAUUAGGGGUGCUAUAUUUCGUAUACGGAUUUUAUGGCUGCUCUACUGAAUCAGCCAUUUUAUUUAACUUAGGAUAGAUUGGACAAUCUAUUCUUUUGGUAUGAUAUUAAGCACAGACAAUAUAUAUCAAAGACUGACUAUAGGAUUGCAAUGAGCAGGAGGGGAGUAGUGAUUAGUUUGGAGAAGACAGAUGGGAUAUUUUUAGGAAUUGAAUUUGGGAUUGAUUAAAUAUGA